AGAAAUUAUAUUAUAACUAAUGCUUGUUCAAAUAACGUUUUCAAUUUUCUCCUAAAACUUGAUUUGAAAUUUGGUUCUUUGAUGCAUAACCUCAUGGAAUGGGUCAAUCGUUCCGUGUUGUUAUUUUAUUCAAGGAGAUAAACUAAAUAGCAGCACGACGAUAAGUCCUUAUCAGUAAAUGGUCGCCUAGUCAGAGCUAUCACAAGUGUUCCAUCAUCCUGUGUUGCAUUCUAACCAUAAUCACCCGACCCAAGAUAACGGAGCCGACCUGUGCAAGUGCUGUUACGUAAAAGUGUCUAUAUUUACGAUGGAACACGCUGGCACAGGUCAAACAUGGAUUUAAGCACCGAGGAGAAUCCCUUUCUCGAAGCGCUUCGUUCGGAUGCGCUGGAGACUCUCCUUAAAGAUAAAACCCAGCGUACGAUGGCCGAAAAACUGAGGAAAAAUCUGGUUGAAAUGUCUGAGAAGUUUGUUAAGUUAUCAGACGGCGAAAAACAGCAGUUUAUCAAUGAAUUCAAAGGGCGGUUCGUUACCCAGUUGAAUGGAUUGUCAGAAAUGAUCAAGCAUCAAACUGUAACAAACGAAAAUUCCGAGGCACAAAAGUUGAUUCCGGAGUUUGGGGCGGCCGCUCAGAAGCAACAAUAUAUAAAUCUCUUCAUAGCGUUAGCUUUCCUUUCGCUCAUUGUAUUGUUCGUUGUGUUCUUUGGCUACAAACUGUAUCUCUCACUAACCGAAAAAGAACGCAAGCGUGAGGAGAAACAAAAAGCUAAACAGGCUAAAAAAAAGAAAUGAGAUGUACCCAGCCCAAGAAACAUUCCAGCACAAACUCCUGGCAGACAUGCAGAUAUUUUAAGCUUCACUAAAUGCAAUCAAACGAGACUUUAUAUAAAUAUUUACUAUUAAUUGUUAUUGUAUUCUGAUUUGCGACGGAAUGUCCGACGCGAAGCGUUACGGACUUCCAUGUCUACAAAUGAAUAAUGAUGUUUUGAAGAGAGAUGUCUAUUUACUCGAAAACAGGAAAUUAUUUUAUUCUUCCAGGUUCAUUCCAAAUAGUUUUGUAAGAUUGUACCGUAUAACAAUGUUAGGAUGAUAACAGGUUCACACAUUACUUACUGAAUACUAGAGUUAGAACGAACGAAUUAGUGGAGAUCUCUGCAGAAAAUGUUUGAUAAACCGUUUUCACAUGACGUUACAUCUUUGUCAGUAAAAGGUUGAAAUAGUGAUCUUUUAAUGAAAUAUACUGUGGAAAGUAA